AUGAAUACCACAAAGGUUGGCUCAACUUCCUCGAUGAAUACUUGCGGCACAGAGGGUAGCCGCUCGUUGAAGUUGGACUUUGGAAAUGAGAAUAAAGAGGUUCAGUUAGCGCCGAAUUCUUACGGGUCGAAUACAUCCAUCGUUUCGCAUGCGUCGUUUGUUUCAGCUAAGUCGUCUGAUAACAUGCAAGCGAAAAGAGGUCACUCGGAUUCUGAAUCGUCUGAUGACAGCGGGGAUAGCUCCAAAACUGUCACGAGACAUGACACUAAAAGAGUGGCUGUAGAAUCUGAUCACUCUUCUGCUGGAGAGGAGGAGUUCCACUCCCCUAUACCUUCUCCUGUAGCUUCCCGGGCUCCGUCACCUUUACCUGGGAAUAGUAGGGUCUCUUCACCGGCUGCCGAGGUUGAACACCCUAUCGAUGAGAUAUGGGGCGAGGAUGAUGUCAUAGAGAGGUCUGCUCCUCCUAAAGCUAAGACCGCUCGACUGGCCAAAACCCAUUUCUUUGGGGCAGCGGCAGCUAAAAGGAGGCUAAAUCGAGGUUCACUUUCGCUCUCGGAUGUUGAGUGUCGAUACCUGGAGAGUGACGAUGUGGGCAUUGUCACGGAUAUACCUGAGGGAAUGUCGGUUUCUGAGAUGCACAAAAAGGCUCUAGGCCACAUUGAUGAGUUGGCUCUUCUUCACAAGAAGUCCAAAAACCUCAAAGGACCAGUGAUUAAACAGCUUAAAAUAGCCACUGCAUCUUUGAAGCAAGUUUGGUUAAGGACUGCGAGGAUGUCCUCCAAGGAGGAAAUCCUCCUACUAAGAGCGGACAAUGCUCGCUUAAGUGGAGAGCUGGAUGUGCUCAGGCGGGAGGUCGCCGCACUAAAGAGGGAGCGAUCUGACAGAGAUGCUCUACUUAAUGAGCAUCGUCUAUCCCGGGGGAGACACAACAAGUCCCUCCCCAUGGAAGUUGUCGCAGAGUCGGAACAUGAUGUGAACACCGGUCCUCUCAAAGAGUUGAUCGACGUAAACUUUAAGUCGCUCAGCUCAUAUUUUGAAGAGAGAUUCAGGGAUCAGGAAAGUCGACUAAUGCCGAUCAAUCCUGAAAGACCCCCUCUGGCGUCGGAUACUCCGAUUAGAACCGCUGCCCGUCAGAUUGCCAGACCGUCUAAUGAGGGCAAGACGGGAGAUCAGCCCUUUUUUUUUUUUUGACGCUGAGAAAUGCGUUACGCAUACCCGCUACACCCAGCGCGGGCUUCACGAGUUAUGUGGGACUCCUCCUGUGGCCCCACCCCCGAAAGGGCUAGACAAGAAACAGGAGUUUACCCACUAAAACUCAGCGAUGUUCCUCGCAUGGAAGGCGAUGCACGGGAUCGGCCCUGAGGCCAUACACCGCGCGGUUCGCCACCUUUUCGGCCCGCCCUGAAAAGGGCAGGUCCCUCGCAGGUUGGGCGGCACAUCUCAGAGACACUCGAGACGUACCCCCCCAGACAGGGCGGAAACGUGCAAUGCCGGCUAGUGCGCAAACCAGCCAGCUGCCCCCGACUAGGGACUAGAGAUGCGCGACUGUGCAAUCUCUAGUCUCUUUCCCAUCUAUUGGAAGGACCCACACAGGCAGAGCCCUUAUCGUGGAUCCCUCCUCCCGUACGGUCGCAGCUACCACCGGAGUACGGCCCGACCACAGCCCUGAAAAGGGCGCUAUCAGGCCUCAUCAACCGGCUCCGCCGCUCCUCUCGGCGCGGCUCCGUAAUGGUACCGCCCGGACCGGCCGGGCACCCAGACCGGGGCCACAGAAAAAAUCCCCUUACCUGCGAAACGCAGGUCAACUCCCCAUGUUCCUCUCAUUAGCAGCGACACAGGUGCACCCGGCAUACGUAACCCUGCCGGGGAACCAGUCAACUGCUAGCCGCUCCAGCCGUCACCCCCCCCCCCCCCCCCCCCCCCGAGAGAGAUGAGCACGCUAGUGCGUGUCCAUCACCUCAGGGAGGUCCUCAGCCGGUACCGCACGAGUACCACGGGGCACGGGAACCGACCGUGCCCGUACGGAAGGCGGGGAGCACCUCUUGCUCCCCAUCACGUGACCGCUCGGGAGACCUGCAGUUGCGCAAACGGCGCAGCGAGCCUCAUUGCGGCAACACGCCGCCUUGUGCCCCUCGAGGCCGCACCUGAAGCAAACUCCAGAGCGGUCCUCCUUGGAGGGGCACACCCUCCGUACGUGGUUCGUACCCAUACACUUGAAAUAGCGCAUGGGUAGGGGAUCAAGGCGUCUAAUCCAGGUGGACGUCCAUCCCACCAGGAGCCUUCCUCUCUUGGCCAACACUUCGGCAGCCGCCACAGGGCAUUUCAGGAGGGCCGUGUUCAGACCUCCGUUGACUCCGGUAAUGGGCCCCAGAACAAUCAACUCCGGAGGGCAGUUGCCCUGCCUCGCCAGCUCCGACCUUAACUCGUCUGAGGUGACCGAGUCGUCAAGCUCGGUCACCCGCAUUGUACAGUGAACCCCAUAUAUAUACUUGUUCCUAAUUAUUAAACAUCAGUAUUCAUCGAACUCUCGUUUUAUUUACACUAACUUCACCUCUACAUGGUGAUCCUGCCAUGCGCGGAGGCGCGCGAGUGUCAAAUAUCUAG